UAUAAAAGAGAGUUGCGGCGAAAAGGUCUAUUUUUGGAAACUUUGCGUCACGGUGUUAUCUACCGAUAUAAAAGGGCAGAAGGCAGUCCGAGAGAAAUGGGUACAAGCAUGAACCGGACAUGAGAACAUCCUAUUGAAGCUUUCACCUCUUCGUUGAACGACGGUCUCCCGGACCGCUCCUCCCCGCUCUGCAAAACCUAACCUGACGGAGAAUGGCCGCCGAUUCCUCGAAGCUGCUGUACAUUGUGGUGGUGGAGGGAGACGAGGUAUGCGAAGAUACUGGUAAUGGAAAAGUGGGAGAGAAAGAGAAAGACGCGUUUCGAUACACUCGUGCUGUGUUACAGAGUACUCUGCAGCUCAUGGGAUGCAAACCCAGACAUGCCUUUAAGAUUAGCAGAAGGGUUUUUGAGAAGAUCAGAAGUGAAUGUACAGGUGACACUUCAACUCUACUAUGUACAGAUACAUUGGAGCAAGAUAACUCAAAUAAACGUCAUCAUGAAGAUGGUGAUAUAAGCACAAGGAAAUCAUUUGAGUCGUAUAAGAGGCGGACAACUGUGGUGGUUAAAAGAAAAUCAUUUCUAGAUGUUGUAAGUGAUGCUCUCACUGAAUACAAGUACAUCGGCCCAAACCAGAGGGCUGACCUGGCUAUCGCGUGCAGGAUAAGAGAAAGGAAGGAAUCUGUUAUUGUGCUACUAUGUGGGACAAGUGGGUGCGGAAAAUCUACUCUUUCUGCAUUGCUGGGAAGCAGGCUGGGGAUCACAACUGUAAUAUCCACAGACUCAAUUAGGCAUAUGAUGAGGAGCUUUGUCAAUGAAAAGGAGAACCCUCUACUUUGGUCUUCAACUUACCAUGCUGGGGAACAUUUAGAUCCACUAGCAGUUGCUGAAUCAAAGGCCAAAAGGAAAGCAAAGAAGUUAGGCUAUUCUAUCCAGACACUAGAAAAGCAUGCGGCUAAUCCCAUCAAUUUUAUUAGCCCGAAACAAAUGGCAAUUGAAGGAUUUAAGGCUCAGAGUGAGAUGGUUAUCGAAAGUCUUGAUAGAUUAAUUACUGCAUGGGAAGAGCGUAAAGAAUCGGUUAUUGUGGAGGGUGUUCAUUUGAGCCUUAAUUUUGUGAUGGGGCUAAUGAAAAAACACCCUUCAAUCCUACCUUUCAUGAUUUACAUCGCAAAUGAAGAAAAGCACUUGGAAAGAUUUGCAGUUCGUGCGAAAUACAUGACGCUGGACCCAGCCAAAAACAAAUAUGUCAAAUAUAUACGUAACAUCAGGACUAUACAAGAAUAUCUCUGCAAUUGUGCUGACAAGCAUUUGGUGCCAAAAGUGAACAACACUAAUGUUGAUAGAAGUGUAGCAUCGAUCCAUGCAACAGCAUUCAGUUGCCUAAGGAGGCGUGAGGCAGGGGAGAAGCUUUAUGAUGCUUCCACAAACACAGUUUCUGUUAUUAAUGAGGAAUACAGAAAUCAGCGUGCUGCAAAUUCUGGAGCUCAAAGGGUGUGCUUAAACUGCUUCAGAGAAAUGGUUCUUCUAGGCAUAUGAUGGCUCUUGUCAAUUAUGACGGGUCGGUAGCAAAGGCUUGGCCAAUAUACUCAUUGGAUACCAAUGACAAUAUAUUUAUGGACUAUGGACCGUUACAUGUUCAGAAGGCUGAACCGGUCAAUCUGCAGUUUGGUUACUUAGGGAUAAGUGCUUGGCCAAACGAGACUGGUUGUACAAGCCAUGCUAAUAGUUUAGAUGGAUCAAAAGGGGAGCUGACUGACAAUGGCAGUAGGUAUCAUUCGUCUUGCUGCAGUUCACCAAGGUUCUAUGACGGACCUUCUAAGGAGCUCGAAGAGCAACAAUUUGUCAAUGGUAGCGAUGAAGAGUUUGAUGAAAUGCCUGAAAUAGAUAGUGAUGAGGAUUUUAAUAAGGAUUCAAAGCAUAUUCAUGAAGAGAUGGAGGGAUCGGUGGAUGAGGAAUCAACGAAAUCAGAUGAGGAAUAUGACGAUCUUGCUCUGUUGGAUGGUCAAGAACAGAAUGGUUACUACUCUGUUGAGGAUGAAGAAUCUUGUGAUAGGUUUGGCUUGAGUCAUAAGCUAGUACCUAUUUCAGGGAAAACGUGAUAGGAACCUGGUAUAAUCUGAGCGUAAACAGUAAACCAGCAAACACAGAUCUGAUAGAAUGAUAAGGAAAGAGUGUUUAUUGAUGGAAGGAGAUAAACCGUAGGCUACAGAGACUUCUUAGGCAACCGGGACUUAGGCAACAAGGCAACCGAUAAUCAAAAUAACAGUCUACCUAUUAUGGCUACCCCAGCUUCUAUUUAUAACAAAAGUCCACGCAGGGACUAAAUAGACAACUAAAUAAGCUAGAGGCACUUAAUAAGCUAUUUAACUCCCCUAACCCCCUUACUUAAAACUACUGAUUAGGCUGAUGCCUAACAUUACUCCCCCCCUAAACAACCACCUUGCCCUCAAGGUGGGUGAUAGGAGUCAGCCAUGAUCUUCCGCUUGCACUUGAUUCUUGCACCUCUCCCUUCCCAAUACCUCCCAGCUUGCUUUCCCCUGAACUUCAUUGCUUGACUUUUCAUCUUCAUAUCUUUCAAAGCAAACAGGAGCGGAAACUGCAUAUAAGAACUCCCUGGAAUUACACUUGAAGCCUCUUCUUUGUAACCAAUAUCAUCAUAUAAAGGUUCUGCAAGAUAAAACCCAGCUGCCCUUGUAGUAAUUUCAGCUGCCACAUCAUAGAGGACCGCAGCAACUUGAUUACCCGGAUCUCCCUCAUAAUUCCGCAGUAUCUUCUCUAAAAUAGAAAGAAUCUGAGGAGUUUCAUCACUGAAGGAAUCGCAGAGCAAACCAGCUUUAACCUUUUCAAGGACACCCAUACAUACUUCAGCUGUUCUAUCAGUAGAUCUCUUUAGGACUCCCAGAAUUGCUGGUAGACAAGCCUCCUUGAUUAUACAUGUGGGCCUAACAAAGAUAUCCUCCAGCAAGCUAACCACUUUUAUUAAUGCAUCCCUUAUAGGCUUUGGUUCCCCAAGUUCUACUGGUCCAGCAAAGAUACUCCCAGGGCUGCCUUUCAUCCCAUCUUUUCUUAUAUGAGAGUCAAUAAGUUCUAUGCAGCUUUCAACAUUAUCAGUAGUCAAAUUCAGAAUGUAACUAGAACUGAUUUUAUCUUGGACAUCACCAGUCAUUAUUUGAGACCAUUUACCUGAACAUUCACCUAUCCCCCUGCCAGUAUAAGAAGUCUCAAAACCCACACAUUCACCUUCAGUCAAAGAUCCAUCAUAUUCAAGGAAAAGGCAAAUUGGUAGCCCCGGAAAGAUAGGUCCAACUUGCUCUGAAAGAACAAGAGCACCUCGAGCCCAAUCAUAACACAAAGGUUCACCAGAUACAUAUAUGCAAUGGCCAACAUCAGCCAAUGAGCAUAAAUAAGAAGAAUCUAAAGGGAUAUACAGGGUGACUACCUUCUUUUGCUCUUGUCUAUGAACUCUUUCUUCAGCCUCAUUUGAGUUAAGGACUGAUUGAAUAGAAAUCUGUCCAUCCAUACAAACAUAGCUUAUUCUUUCUUCAGAAACAAACUGCUGCACUCUAUCAAGUGUCUUAGGAUCGACUAUGCUUUCUACCACAUCUGCACAGCUUCCAAAAGCAGUCUCACCAUUCUCCAACUGCUUUUCAUAUUUCAGGCUACUGGGAUAUAUUUCCCAACCACCAUCUCUUGUACUCAAAAGUAAUAUCAUAUAAGGGCUAUUCACAUCAAUGAACUCUUGAAUCCGUCUCCUCCUUUCAUCCAAUUUGGCAUGGCCAUCACUGUCAAUUACUAAUUCUGUACUCCCUCUCCUUUUCAUGCCAGAAUCACUUUGAGUUCUGUCUAUAGGAAGCUCAGUAGUGACCGGAUCUCCCAGAAUACCUAUAUGGGUUUCAGCAACAAGCAACUUUGUCAUCGGCAAUUUUGAGUCAGAAACCACUGGGUUCUCCAAUUCAGAACCGCCAAUUUUGUCCUCAACAGACUCAUAUUCCAGGGUACUCGAGAGAUGAUUCACCCCAGCAGAUGUCUCCUCUCGUCUUUCAUCAUCAUCAUCAAUGAGUGUAUCCUCAGGGAUAGGUUGUAGCUGACUCACAGACUGUUGUGGAAAUGAAACUAACUCCAUUUGUGGACUCAGAGAAACUGCUUGCAAUGAAGCUGAUGAAUUAGGUGAGAUUGCUUGCGAAGACCCCUGCAGACUGGAAGGAUAGGACAGUCUCGAACUCUGCGAUUUCGAACUGAGAGAAUUCCUUGAAGAGCGCGGCUUCUGGUUCUCUGACUUCCGACUGCGUGGUUGGAAACGCCGAUUUAUGUCCUCUUUCAGAACUUCCCAACUCUUUCCUCUCGUUCGAAAUUCCCACCCUUCAAACCAGUACAACGCAUCAUCCUCCAUAGCCUCUGAAGCUACUUCAACCUUAAGUUUUUCCGCAGUAGAUUUGAUACGGAAGUAUUCUUCCAUCUUCACACUCCAACUGCCUACAUCAUCCCCAUCCCCGUUAAACAACGGUAGUUCAACGGUAUUUCCAGCGACUGAGAGAUGCAAAGUGCGAUGUGAAGAGUGCUGUGAACUGCGAGUUGUGAACGAUUGAUUCCUUUGUCGAUGUUGGUUACUGUUCACCUUCGCGAUGGACUCCUGCAGUAUUGUCGACUUCAUCUCCAUCUCCAGGUCUGAACGUUUCUUCUGGUUCGAACUCUUCUCCAGGUUCGAACGCACCUCCAGGUUCAAACCAAAGGCGUUCAGUUCUGUCCAUCGCGGUUCUCUACUCUUCUCAGCGACCAUCUUCGUUCGUUCGUAUCUCAGUAUCGCGACAAUCGACUUUCCUCUUCCACGAUAGAGAUGUGCCGAUCGAUUAAGUCUCCAGGAGCGAUUUGCUCUGAUACCAAUGAUAGGAACCUGGUAUAAUCUGAGCGUAAACAGUAAACCAGCAAACACAGAUCUGAUAGAAUGAUAAGGAAAGAGUGUUUAUUGAUGGAAGGAGAUAAACCGUAGGCUACAGAGACUUCUUAGGCAACCGGGACUUAGGCAACAAGGCAACCGAUAAUCAAAAUAACAGUCUACCUAUUAUGGCUACCCCAGCUUCUAUUUAUAACAAAAGUCCACGCAGGGACUAAAUAGACAACUAAAUAAGCUAGAGGCACUUAAUAAGCUAUUUAACUCCCCUAACCCCCUUACUUAAAACUACUGAUUAGGCUGAUGCCUAACAAAACGAUGUCGGGGGAAGUUAAUGGCAGCUUUGAUGGAAGCUACCUACAAAAGUUUGAUCUUUUCUCGGGACGUAAAGGCAGUACACUUUUGGAAUUACCACUUCGAGAGAGAAAUGAGAAGGUAGCUGCAAAUUUGUGCAAUGACAUAGCUGGAAAAUGUUCUCCCAUCAUUCCAUCCAUGGGAAACCAUCUGUGUGGUGUAUGAAGUCUUGAGGAGGUCUCUGUUUUUUUUCCUUUGUCUGACUGUCUGCCUUUUCCAUUUUGUUUCUCUUUUUAACUUGUGUAAAUGAAUAAUUUGUUGAACAGCCGUAGAAAGGAUGUUCUAUUCGCACACGUAACCGACUGCCUUGGUUUAGGACUAAGGUUGGGCUCAAUAAUAUACUACGUAGUAUUAACAGAGUAUAUCUUAC